AUCAUCCAUUAACACAUCUCUACCGUCACUCCUCCAUCAUCAACGGUUGAAAAAAAAAAUUCUAUUUCCAAAUUAAUACCCGUUCUCGUUUUCGAGUUCUUUUCUGGCAUAUUACACAGUACAGCUAUAAUGUACAUAAUCGGAAUAAAAUUCGAUCAGUUUUUGUCUACCGAUCCCUAAUUUGUAUUGGUCUCUGAAAACCCUAACCUUCUGCAGCUGAUUUUGCUCAAUUUUUCUCCGUACAUUCCCUGAUCAUCUGUUGUUUUUUCAGUUCAAUUCAAUUUAAUUCGAAUUAUUGGUACAGUUUUGCCCGAUUGUUGUUACUGUGAUUUUUGAGUUAUUUUUGUAGUUACUGUAGCGUCCAACGAAGUGAUAUAUAGAUAGAUGACACGUGCUUAUUUAUUGGGAUACUUGGUUUUUGAUUUCUUGGAGAGGAAUUUUUAAUAGGUGAAAAGGGUAUGGUAAUUGGAGGAUGAAAGAUGCCGCUGCGUGGCGGAGUUCGCAGAGGCAGGAGAGGAAAGCCGCAGCCAGUGCCGAACAACAACAGCAACAACAAUAAUAAUCAGAAUAAUAAUUAUAGUGAAGCGGUUGAGAACGCUGCAAUUGCUACGAGAACAAGGAAGAGGAAAAGGGCGGCUGCUGCAGCUGUUGCGGCACCGGUUGAGGACAACAUAGUUGCUGCACCAGCAGCGGCGAACGAGAUUAGGGAGGUUCGACAGCGAGGGGAGAGGGUUUUGGAGCAACCAGAAAGGAGAGAACAGGUGGGAGAGAGGCCGAUGGAUGAUUAUAGUAAUGGUGGAAAAAAAGUCGACAAGGCUACAGCUGAUGAAUCAUCCGCUGCUCCUCUUCCCGAAAGGGUUCAGGUUGGUGGUUCACCGAUGUACAGGAUCGAGAAAAAACUUGGCAAGGGAGGUUUCGGACAAGUGUGUGUUGGUCGCCGUAUAUCUGGUGGUAUCAGUAAUGAUAGAAAUGGACCUGGAGCCAUAGAAGUGGCUCUAAAAUUUGAACAUCGUAACAGUAAAGGAUGUAACUACGGUCCACCUCAUGAGUGGCAAGUUUAUAAUACUCUAGGGGGGAGUCAUGGUGUACCACGAGUGCAUUACAAAGGCAGACAAGGUGACUAUUAUGUGAUGGUCAUGGAUAUGCUUGGACCUAGCUUGUGGGAUGUUUGGAAUAAUAGCUCUCACACGAUGCCCAUGGAAAUGGUGGCAUGCACUGGCAUUGAAGCAAUAUCUAUAUUGGAAAAGAUGCACUCCAAGGGGUGUUAUGUUUGGCAAAUGAAGUUAACCUAUCAGGUUGGUCACAAGAGAGGCAGGCUGGCUUUUGAAGAUGAGGUAGAUGAACAGCCAAGAAAGAAAGUUCGUAUGGGAAUGCCUGCUACACAAUGGAUUAGUGUAUAUAAUGCCCGUAAACCCAUGAAGCAAAGGUAUCACUACAAUGUGAUGGAUACAAGGCUUGCCCAACACAUUGAAAAAGGAACAGAAGAUGGCCUAUUUAUCAGUUCCGUAGCAUCUUCUCAAAACCUUUGGGCUCUAAUAAUGGAUGCAGGCACUGGCUUUAAUGCCCAAGUUUAUGACCUAUCACCUUCCUUUCUUCACAAGGAAUGGAUACUGGAGCAAUGGGAAAAGAAUUAUUACAUCAGUGCAGUUGCAGGAGCUACAAAUGGGUGUUCAUUAGUAGUAAUGUCAAAAGGCACUCAGUAUUUGCAACAGUCUUACAAAGUGAGUGAUUCUUUUCCAUUCAAGUGGAUAAACAAAAAGUGGAGAGAAGAUUUUUAUGUUACCUGUAUGGCCACUUCUGGUAGUAGAUGGGCAGUUGUCAUGUCUCGUGGUGCUGGCUUUUCGGAACAGGUUGUCGAGCUAGAUUUUCUUUAUCCAAGUGAAGGUGUUCACCGGCGCUGGGAUGCUGGAUAUCGUAUAACUUCUACUGCAGCAACUUCAGAUCAGACUGCUCUUGUUUUAAGUGUUCCAAGAAGAAAACCAACUGAUGAAACACAAGAGACACUUCGGACUUCUGCCUUUCCCAGCACACAUGUCAAGGAGAAAUGGGGAAAAAAUCUGUAUAUUGCAUCUGUUUGUUAUGGCCGUACAGUUUCAUAGAGCUGCUAGAUUUUAUGUUGACCUUCCGUAGUUUAAAAGAUCAAGACUUAUUGGCAAUCCAGCUGGAAGAAAGAACCGGGGUCUCUGUAGAGGUUUCCAGUUUGUAAGGGUUUUUGAAUUGAUGCAAGUUUGUGCAGUAGUUACGCUAGAGAAGUUAAGGUUGGGCCUGAUAUCUGUUGUGUAUUUUGGUUUAAACGAAGGCUCAUUUGCACGCAAAGUUGAAGAUGGUAGGCGUUUUUUACUUAUUGCCGUCAAAUGUGUAUAUUCCUUCGUAAUAAGUCUCUGUGUGGGCUUUAAACCUGGAGGGUCUACUGUCUUGUUUAAAUUGCCUAGCGCAGUCACUGGUGGAACUCGAUACUAAUUCUAGUUUUAUGCUUAUAUCCAGUCUCAAUUUAUUUCA